CCCUUUUAUAAAUAUAUUAUACCUGAUUUUAUUGGAAUUGAUGAAUAUUUUGAAGAUAAUAGUAAUGUAGAACCUGAUGAUUCUGAAGAAUCAGAAGGGUUUGAUGAGAUUGAAGAUAUGUUGAAAAGGGUUAGAAAAAAG